GAGAGAGAGAGAGAGAGAGAGGACCCCCCCCGAAGGACCCCCCUGAUUAGAGAGAGAGAGAGAGAGGGACUAUUACUACUACUACAACUACUACUACUACAACCACUACUAGCCUGCAGUUGUGAACGUAGAAACUGUUUAAGUGUAUCGUGCUACUACUACUACUACUACUACUACUACUACUACUGCUGCUGCUACUACUACUACUACUACUACUGCUACUACUACAACUGCCACCAUUACUACUAGAACUAGCAGCUCCUCUUGGCCGGGGCCGGAGGACAUCGGCGCCCUGGCUUAUCCCGGCUCCUUUGGCACCCAGGGGGUUAGGGGGGGGCAUGGCCUACCUCAAAACCCCCCCCUACCCCAUGAACGGCCUGGCACUCGGCAUGGGACACCACUCCCCCAUGGACCCCAGCGUGGCCCAUUCGGUGCCAUACCCUUCAGCUCUUCACUAUGCAGUCACGCCCGCCCCCGCCAGGAAGCAGAGGCGAGAGAGGACAACAUUUACAAGAGCACAACUGGAUGUUCUUGAAUCUCUGUUUGCUAAGACAAGAUAUCCGGAUAUUUUCAUGAGAGAGGAGGUUGCUAUCAAAAUUAACCUUCCAGAAAGCCGCGUACAGGUAUGGUUCAAGAACAGACGCGCUAAAUGCAGACAACAAGCGCAACAGCAGAACACCAACAACACCAGUAACUCCAGCACCAGCACCACCAUCACCAACACCACCACCACCACCACCGCUCUCACCACCACCACCGCCACGGACAGCACCAAAGCGAUCGCUCCAAGACCCAAGAAGAUUAAGACACCAGUCACUCCUUCUCCACCUCCUCCUGUAGUGAAAUGCUCUCCUAGGCCAGCUUCCCCUGCCUAUAAACCCCCGUCUGUGUCCCCUGCCUCUGCACACACACCCCCGAACACCACACCCACACCUACACCAACGUAUGGGACUUUUCAGGGAGAGCAUGGGAAUUAUUCGUCGCUAUGGGCUGGAGCUUCUUUGAGACCCAUGACGGAACUACAUGUCUCGUCUGGAAGUUGUAUGCAGACCCCCUCUUACCAUAUGGCAAAAACUUCAACUUCAUGGAACCAAAACUACGCGCCCACUUCUUAUUAUGGCAACAUGAGCAUGGAAUAUUUGCCACACCAUCAUAUGUCACAUGGUCAGUUCACCACGCCCGUUUCAAAUCAUAUGGGCGGGUUUCAGCAGAUGGGCGGGCAUAUGAUGGGAUCGCAUGGUAUGAUGGGAGGUCAGCAUCACUACUCACGCCCUUCUGUCACGCCCGUGCAAGGUGUGGGCGCCUCAGCUUCACAGGAAUGCAUGGAGUUUGGAGAGAAGUUUCAAGUGCUGUGAAAUUUUGUUGGGUUAAAUUUUUGCGUUUUUUUUUUUUUUUUCGUGGUUUUUUGAAAUUUGUUUUUCAUUUUUGAAGUCCAAAUUUUUCUUUUUCUAAUUGUGAGUUUUUUUUUUCUAUUUUCUUUUCUUUUUUUCAAUC